AUGACUCCUCAAAAGUAUGAGGAACUUUUAACAUUAAUUGCACCUCAUAUAACAAAAUCAUCUAAAAGACGGGAGGCCAUUGAACCAAGUGAAAGACUUAGUGCCACAUUGCGGUAUUUAGUAACGGGUGAUGCUCAACAAACUAUUGCCAUGAGUUAUCGAAUAAGUCCCACAGCAAUUGGCAGAAUAGUGAUGGAAACGUGCCAAGUCUUAUGGCAAGUCCUCAGCUCAAAGGGUUAUAUAACGGCACCAAAUUCAGUUAAGAGAUGGAAAGAAAUCUCUCGGGAGUUUGAACUAAUGUGGAACUUCCCAAAUUGUCUGGGAGCACUCGAUGGAAAACAUAUUGUAAUGCAAGCCCCUGCCAGAUGUGGAUCAGAAUAUUUUAAUUACAAAAAAACACAUAGUAUUGUGUUGCUUGCUGUAUGUGAUGCCAAGUAUCAGUUUACACUCGUUUAUAUUGGCAAUAGUGGUCGUAUUAGUGACGGGGGAAUAUUUGAAAACAGUAUGAUUGGUUAUGGAAUAAAUCAACAUUCAUUGUCUUUUCCAGAAAAUACAAUUCUCAAGGGAAGUGAUAAAGUUUUACCAUAUGUUCUGGUUGGCGAUGAGGCAUUCCCAUUGAAGCCAAAUCUUAUGAAGCCUUACGCUGGUGGUGGUAAUUCACGAUCAGAAAGGAUUUUUAACUAUCGACUUUCGAGAGCUAGGCGGGUCAUUGAAAAUACAUUCGGUAUUGCUGCAUCACGAUUUCGCAUACUGCGAAGACCUAUUAUUGCAAAAACAGAGUUGGUAAUUGCAAUUACACAAGCUAUAGUAGUUUUGCAUAAUUACUUGAUGGAGGAUACAAACAAGGGAAGAGCAACACGAUAUUGUCCUCAUGGCUACACUGAUAGCAAUGGUCAGUCAAAUGGUCAAUGGAGGGCAGAAGUUGCAUCUGACAACAACUCAAUAAAUAUACGUAAUUGCUGCACAAACACAUACUCAAGAGAUGCCAAAAAUGUUCGACAUAGCUUUAAGGAAUAUUUUAACUCACCUCAAGGAGAGGUACCAUGGCAAUGGAAUGUAGUGGACAGCGUAUCUAACAGUUUUGAUCAACAACCGAUUACUAUUGAAGAGCUUCUGCAGUAA